AUGGGUGCAGCCUCCCCGCCCUGGACCCUCUGGGAAUACAGCUCCCAGCGUUCCCAGCCGGCCGGCCUGGGCCUGCGAGCAGCCGCUGCCACCGCUGCCGCAGCCUCGUGGCCAAAGAACAAUUCUAUUUGUAUCUUUGCAGGAGAGGUUUAUGUGUCUGACCGAGAAGGAUGUGACAGCACAGGUGACGGGACACAGGAGAAACCUUUCAAAACAGCUUUGCAGGCUUUGAUAUCUACUGGAAAGGAACCCUUUCCUACUAUCUACGUGGACUCUCAAAAAGAAAACCAGAGAUGGGAAACUAUCUCUAAGACCCAGCUCAAGAAUGUGAAAAAACUGUGGCAGAGAGAGCAGCAGAAGAGUGAAGCCAGAGAAAAGAAAGAGGCAGAAGAUUUGUUGCGCCGCGAAAAGAACUUAGAGGAAGCGAAGAAGAUUAUCAUUAAGAAAGACCUCAGCCUCCCGGAGCCCAAAUGCGUGAAGAUUCGUGCCCUGGAGGCCCACAGAGGGGAGAGAGUAAAGGUGUUUGGUUGGGUCCAUAGAUUGCGUAGGCAAGGGAAAAACUUGAUGUUCAUUGUCUUAAGAGAUGGCACAGGCUAUCUUCAGUGUGUCUUGUCAGAUGAACUGUGUCAAUGUUACAAUGGUGUGGUCCUUUCAACUGAGAGCAGUGUUGCGAUAUAUGGCACCCUCAGCCUUGUUCCUGAAGGCAAGCAGGCUCCAGGAGGCCAUGAGCUAAGUUGUGACUACUGGGAACUCAUUGGUCUGGCUCCGGCUGGAGGAUCUGAUAACCUGGUCAACGAAGAGUCAGAUGUAGAUGUGCAGCUGAACAACCGGCACAUGAUGAUCCGGGGGGAAACCUUGAGCAGAAUCUUAAAGGUGCGCUCCACCGUCAUCCAGUGCUUCCGGGACCACUUCUUUGACCGCGGAUAUUAUGAAAUCACCCCACCAACACUGGUUCAAACCCAGGUAGAAGGAGGAUCAACUCUCUUCAAAAUGGAUUAUUUUGGCGAGGAAGCUUAUCUGACCCAGUCAUCCCAGCUGUACCUGGAGACUUGCAUCCCAGCCUUGGGAGACACCUUCUGCAUUGCCCAGUCCUACCGAGCUGAACAGUCAAGGACACGCAGGCACCUCUCUGAAUAUACCCACAUUGAAGCUGAAUGCCCUUUCAUGUCCUACGAAGACCUGCUGAACCGUUUGGAGGAUCUCGUCUGUGAUGUGGUGGAUCGGGUCCUAAAAUCCCCAGUGUCUGAUAUACUGUAUGCCCUCAAUCCGGACUUUGAGCCUCCCAAGCGCCCUUUCAAGCGGAUGAACUACACAGAUGCCCUCGUAUGGCUCAAGGAACAUGAGGUGAAAAAGGAAGAUGACACCUACUACGAGUUUGGAGACGAUAUUCCAGAAGCUCCAGAGAGACAGAUGACCGAUGCUAUUAAUGAACCAAUCUUGCUGUGUCGAUUUCCUGCUGAGAUAAAAUCCUUCUACAUGCAGCGCUGCCCCGAGGACUCCCGUCUUACUGAAUCUGUUGAUGUGUUGAUGCCUAACGUGGGUGAAAUUGUGGGAGGCUCCAUGCGUAUUUGGGACAGUGAGGAGCUACUAGAAGGUUACAAGAGAGAAGGAAUUGAUCCCACCCCUUAUUAUUGGUAUACAGACCAGCGUAAAUAUGGCACAUGUCCUCAUGGUGGCUAUGGGCUAGGCCUGGAGCGAUUCCUCACCUGGAUUCUGAACAGACACCAUAUUCGAGAUGUAUGUCUCUACCCACGCUUCGUUCAGCGAUGCAAACCCUAAUCAAAAGUUUCUUGAUGGACAAAGUCUAUCCAACUUUAAGCAGUUUCCUCCUCAUAGUUUCAUGUCUUCAUCCUACAGAUGCCUGCAAAUGUUCUUCUUUUUUCAAAUGAAGAACAUCAAUUGUUUUGAAUUGGAAUUUAAAUUCCAGUCUACUGAUUCCAGAAAUUUCGUCCCCUUUCUUCGGCCUAACCUGCUUCCACCCUCAUGUAUUCUUUUAGCAUAUUUGAAAUUAUUGAUUGCUAGUGGAAACAAGCUGUGGGCUGUACUUUGAGGUCACACAGUCUGUAACAACACUUUUAACCCUGGGCUCUUAGAAAACCAUAAAGAAAAAAAUACAAGGCAUCUGAUAACUUUUAGUAGGAGCUGGAUUCAGGAUUUGAUUUCUGAUUUGAAAAUAAACUACUCAAUAUUGGGUGGUAGACUUUUUGCAGAUGCCAAAACAGGUAGCAAAUGUGAGUUGCAGUCAAAGAAAUUGGUUUUUAAAAGGGAAUUAAAGAGAAAUCCAGUGGAAAAAGGACAGUUCUAGCCCAGUUCUAACCCACAACUUUGGGGUCUCAGAAACAGUCUACUGAAUUCUGCCCAGAACAUUUCUUUAGAGGGCAUUAAGGCUGAGCAAUCUUAAUAGCAUUGAGUAUUUUCAUAAGGAUGACUAUUAAUUAAGUGUCCAUCAUUUUUCAUGAGAAAGCUUCUGUAUUUUACAGCUAAUUAACUUGCUUUUCAAGAUAUGUGUAUAUGGGUUAUCUUAGACCAGUGUUUCUCAACCUUAGCAACUUUGAGAUGAGUUGACUUCAACUCCCAGAAUUCCCCAGCC